CUAGACCACGUCUUUGCUACCAACCUCACAACAACAUCAUAUCAUGGCUGAAAAGAAUCCUUUGAUCGAGGCGUUGCCUCCUGCAACCGAUUACAUCACUUACCUCACCAUCAUCGAAUACAAUCUCAACCCGGAGUCACUGCCUACGCUCCACCAAGUACUGCAAGAUACCAAGUUGACCACUAACAUCGGAUGGGAUCUUGUUCACUUGCUCGUGCCUCUUCUACCGAACUCGGACGAAUGUCUGCAGGAUAUUGCGCGCCUUGGGAAUCCACGCGAGGUCAUUCUGAAAGUGACAGAAUCACUGCGCUUGAUUGAUUUCCAGGGUCUUGAACCCGACACUGAGGAUGAUGAACCUAUUGCUGGCGAGGAGACCAAUCCAGCCUACCACCCUGCCAAGACUGAACCUGUUGGAAGCAGCAGUGGUAAGACGACUCAAGCUGUAGAAACACCUGCGCCUCUACCCCUCUCUGUACUGCAGUUCACCAGUCUUCUAUCUAUGCUGUCGACCUUGCACACUCGUAUCAAGACGCAAUACCCCAGCCGCUUCUUGUCAACCACGCUUCAAGCCAUCCUGGUAUCCUUCUCCAACUCGGUCAGCCACAAAGAAGAGUUGAUCUCGGCCAUCGUCCAAUUCGUAAAGAACGUUUCUGGAACCAAGCGUCCAAACCUACCUCCUCGCAAGAGCAGUACCCAGAUUCUGAGCGCAAACUUCAAAUCAUCGGCGCCCGAUCCAGAGUCUGAUACCGCCGAAAGGUCUCCGUCGGCAAGCGAGGCCGCUAUUCAGAAGCGCCUUUUCCAGUCGUUCAUCACUCAUGUCUUCGAAGACUACAUGCUCAGCUUGGACUCCGAUCGCGAUGCACCUGGUCUGGCAUGGUGCAGUCGCCUCCAAGAGAAGUUGCAUCCCGAGCGCACCGUUCCUGGCAAACCUUCGAUGACUGAUAGAUUCAUUCUGGACGAAGAGCUUGCAGCUCGUUUGACUGCUGUUGGUGGUUUGGUCGCCUUGGCCCGCGAUCUGGGCAUGGAGAGACGGGAUCUUCUGCCAGCCAUGGAGAAAGCUGAUCCUGGCCAUUCUCUUGUUCCCGACAACGAGGACGAGUUCCCCAAGACUGCCAAUGACAUCCCCUUAUCAAAGGUGGGCUCUCUCUUCAUGUUCGCUGCUGCAAAUGUUGCUACUGUUCUUUACUCUACACCAAAGCCCAAGGACAUGUUCAGCAUCUUCCCUGAACAUCAGAAAGUCCUCCACAACUACAUCGCAAGCUCUUCUGACAUGGGCACAACCAUUGGCACGGAGCCUGAAGCUGUGCUCGACGCUGUCUUGGCUCUUGCCAUACUUGCUGUCGAAGAUGAUCAUGUCGGCGAGCCAGCAGACAGCGAAGAAUUCAGCCAAUAUUUGCAGUAUCUGUCUUUGAUCUCCUCCAACUCACCAUCUCCAAGCAUACGCUACCACGCGUUCUACCUGGCGUCCACCAUCCUGCGAUCUAACCCUUCCGAUGCUGAAAGACUCGCCUUCAUCAAGGAUACACUUGAGCAUUGCCCCUUUGACAACCUCAAAGUUGCCGCCAUCAGCUGGGUCAAGGGCGAGACCAUCGAAGCCAACCCUCCGACACCGAUCCACUCUCACAAACCUGAGCAACAUGGAUCAGUACAGGAUGGAAAGGACAACGACUCCGUCUUUGCAACCCCAGUAGCAUUGGACAGCCUGGCGCCAUACCUCUUCCCCGAUUUAACCCAUGAUCUCACAUCGACCAGCAUCACCGAGUUUUGGCUCACAUUCCAACAAAGUUUGCACUUUUACCUGGCAUCGCUCAACUUCUACUACCUGCUCUUAUCAGCACAGCACCUAUAUGAACCACUGGCUAUUGGCGACUUGCAUUCUAACAACGAUGUGGCAGGAUCGUUCUUGCAGCCCCUACGUGUCGCAUCAGCUCGCUUCAAGGAAGGCAAGGCUAAUGGCGAAUUGGCCAGCGUUUGGGAGGACACAGGCAAGAACGAUGCUCACAUGGCUGAGCUUGACCUGCUCGAUGUCACUUUGGAGAGAGUUACAGCAGGUGUUACACGUCUCAAUCAGGUCCAGGCAUAGUUCAAAUAUCUGAGGCAAGUCGAUACACGUUGUUUGGGGUGUAUCUUAGACGCUGCAGUCGUGUCAGCCAGAUGUGCAGGAAACUUUUGAGGAUAAAAUGAAAUAUCGAGAAACGCUUCGAAAUCGUCCUUUGCACGUAAUUGAAUGCACUGUGGAAUAUGUGUGAGACCCGAGAGAACGGAUGGUGACAGAUGCACCCCACGCUUCUCCGCAGAGCAUAUCAUGAUCUUCCUCCGCGAUGAUUUCCACAAAGAUGCAAAGACAGUGUUCAACUGUCUUUUCCGGGUCUAGGUUCUAGUAAAUUGUAGGCAAAGAAACAUGCAGAACACGUCGGCAUAUUGUUGUCUCUCUCAUAAACCAUAUACCCAAAAGUGGAGCCAGCAAGGAACCGGUUCAAAACUCAAAUCUAUGAGGGGUCCACCAGUUCAGAUCGUCAUGACGAGCCGCAAGCAAAUACCGGUCCCAAGCGCCCCGCAUCACACAC